CGCAAGACACACGAACCCGGAGCCAUGCAGGGCAUUGGGAACCUGCUGCUGGUACUGACCGCCUGCUCGGUGGCACAGGCCGGCCCCGUGCCCACCACACCAGACGACAUUCAGGUGCAGGAGAACUUCGACAUCCUCCGGAUCUACGGGAAGUGGUUCAACCUGGCCAUUGGCUCCACCUGCCCAUGGCUGAAGACUGUGGCAGACAAGAUGAGUGUGAGCACACUGGUGUUGGGACGGGGACCCACGGACGCUGAGAUCAGCAUGAGCAGCACUCGCUGGCGGAGAGGUGUGUGCAAGGAGACCUCCACGACUUAUGAGAAGACAAACACAGUGGGGAAAUUCAUCUACCACAAACCCAAAUGGAACGUAACCAUGGAAUCCUAUGUGGUUCACACCAACUACGAUGAGUAUGCCAUUUUUCUGACCAAGAAGUUCAACCACCACCAUGGAACUACCAUAACUGCCAAGCUGUAUGGGCGGGAGCCACAGGUGAGGGAAAGCCUCCUGCAGGAGUUCAGGGAGAUGGCCCUGGGGAUGGGCAUCCCCCAGGACUCCAUCUUCACCUUGGCUGACAGAGGGGAAUGUGUCCCCGGGGAGCAGGCGCCAGAGCCCACCUCACCCUCGAGAGCUAGACGGGCUGUGCUUCCCCAAGAAAAUGAAGGAUCAGGGGCCGGGCCAUUGGUAUCUGACUUCACCAAGAAAGAAGAUUCCUGCCAGCUGGGCCACUCAGCAGGUCCCUGCUUGGGGAUGAUCCAGAGGUACUUCUACAACGGCACAUCCAUGGCCUGUGAGACCUUCUCAUAUGGCGGCUGCUUGGGCAACGGCAAUAACUUCAUUUCUGAGAAGGAGUGUCUGCAGACCUGCCGAACUGUGGCGGCCUGCAAUCUCCCCAUAGUCCAAGGCCCCUGCCGAGGCUUCAUCAAGCUCUGGGCCUUUGAUGCUGUCCAGGGGAAGUGCGUCCGCUUCACCUAUGGGGGUUGCCAAGGCAAUGGCAACAAGUUCUACUCUGAGAAGGAGUGCAAGGAGUACUGUGGCGUCCCUGGGGAUGGGGAUGAGGAGCUGCUGCGAUUGUCCAACUGAUGGCUGGCUGGCUGGCCUGUGAGCAAAAAGGGUGGUCAAUGUCUGUCCCAAUGCAAG